UCAAUUAAAUGUAUUAUAUAAUAUUCAAAUAUGUAUUCAUUUAAUGUGUACUUUUUUAGACAGUAUUACAAUAGCCACACUGCAGUUUUAUAAAAAAAAGUUUGCAUACUAUAGCCAUAUAGCAAAUCCAAAGACUGCUACAGAACCACCUGAAAGAACCAGGUUAGACAACCAGAUCCAAAAAGAGUUUCUCAAUGAGUUUUCUAUCACUUUGACUCUAAAAACACCCCAUUUAAUUUGCUUUGUCCGCUUCUUGCAUAUUACCAACAUCAAUUGAACAUAAUAAUUUUGCUGUAAAACAUGUACUGUAUGUUGCAUUCAUUUUGGGUGACUGACAGUUAUGUGAAUAUGAAUAAUUGAGCUGUAUAAAUUAUAUGGACUUGCAGGGUUUGGCAGCCUUGAACCGCCCAUCCCCCUCAACCUUUUAGUCACACAAGUGAUUGUACAUUUUUUUGGAUGAUUAAAUGGUACAGACAUGGACCCUUUGACAGUUGUAAACAUAUUGUACCUUAUUUACCAAUAAAUGGUACAUAUGAGUUCCUUAAGGUGUAAUUAUGAUCUAUUGAGGGUACAACCACAGCAGUUGUACCCUAAGUGUUCACAAACGGACUCCAACCGUACCCUUUUUUAUGACAGUGUAGCAGUGAAUGUGUCGUUUAGCUAUUAUAUAACAAUUUUUUUUGUGUUUCAGCACAAAACAGAUGUUUUACUGAGAGAAACUCCUAAUGACAAUUCCUCAGUUUGCCAGCCUCAAACCAUGGAGAACAAAAGCAUAAUUUUAGACUGCAGUGGAAUUACGUUUUUUGAUUUUAUGGGAAUAUCAAUGCUCACAAAGAUCUGUCUGGAAUUAAAAGGCUGUGGCACCAAUGUACUAUUAGCACGCUGCCAUGUUUCCUUAGUUAAAGCACUUCAGUCAAGUGAACUUGGUACUUCAGAUCAUCAUUUUUUUGAUUCUGUAAACUCUGCAUUAAGCACCAUACAGCCAGAAAUGAGCCAUGAAUUAAACUGGGAUGCACUUGUCUCGUCAGAUGUUUAAAAAGCAUUGGAUGCUAUCAAGAAUGAAAAAAAUAAACACAUUGUUCUUUAUGGCUUUUGUUAUUAAGUUUUUCUCUUUUUUUUCAAAUGAGUAAGCAUAAUGCCCCUAUGAUACGUUUUAUUACAUGCAGUAAGAAAAUUUAUUUACAUUUCAAUUGGAUAUUUUUAUAAGUAAACUCUCUUUUUUAUAUUAUAUCUUUGUAACAAAAGGGUUUAAAUAACUGUAAAUGUUUUGCUGAGUGAUGAAAAAGUUAUAAACGUAGUAAAUAUAGCCUAAAAUGGUGCUAUUGGUUAUAUAACGCUUAUAUUGCCAUUUUUAUCCUAGAAGCAAUACACUUCUCAGCACAUUCAUAAAUGAAACAUUUGGAAACUGGAAUACACGUUGAAAAUGUCCUCAAUGACAUUAGAGGCUAUUAUUUUGCAAUGACUAUCUUCAAAUAUAGAUAACCAUACUGUCAUUACAUUCCACUUGUAAAAAUGUAUUAACUUUACACUGUCAUUAUCUGCUGCUUAUAUACUGUACUAAAAAUGAGUAGCACAAAUGUUCAAUCUCUGUGCAGUUGCAUUCAAUUUAUAAAAUGUAAUGUAACCAUUAUUUCAAUAGAUCUGGGCAUAUUCCUGGUCAGGCAAUUUGUGAAACUGGUAGUUUAUGAAAUGGCAUUUUAGGAAAAUGUUAUACUUUUGUUCUCUUUUGUUUGGAUAUUUUAAUGCCCAUUGAUAUAAUGAAAUAAUUCUUAUAUUUAAUAAAUUACAGAAAAUGA